AUGGCCGCGGCCAUCCGCCCGCCCCGGCCUCUGCCCCUGCUCCUGCUGCCGUUACUGCUGCUGCGCGCCGACCCGGUGCGCGCGGAGAGUAAGGUGUUUGGCGACGUGGACCAUGUGCGGAUGACCUCAGAGGGCUCCGACUGCCGCUGCAAGUGCAUCAUGCGGCCGCUGAGCAAGGACGCCUGCAGCCGGGUACGCAGCGGGCGGGCGCGGGUGGAGGACUUCUACACCGUGGAGACCGUGAGCUCCGGCAGCGACUGCCGCUGCUCCUGCACCGCGCCGCCCUCCUCGCUCAACCCUUGCGAGAACGAGUGGAAGAUGGAGAAGCUCAAGAAGCAGGCACCCGAGCUCCUCAAGCUGCAGUCCAUGGCGGACCUCCUGGAGGGCGCCCUGUACAGCAUGGGCCUGAUGAGAGUGCACGCCUACGUCCACAAGGUGGCCUCCCAGAUGGACACGCUGGAAGAGAGCAUCAAGGCCAACCUGAGCCGGGAGAAUGAGGUGAUGAGGGAGAGCAUGCGCCACUUCAGCGAGCAGCUGAGGCACUACGAGAACCAGUCGGCCAUCAUGAUGAGCAUCAAGAAGGAGCUCUCCAGCCUGGGCCUCCAGCUGCUGCAGAAGGACUCGGCCGCAGCCCCUGCCCCCGCCCCAGCCGCCGGCCCUGAUAGCAAGGCACAGGACACAGCUGGAGGGAAAGGCAAAGACAGCAACAAAUAUGGUGGCAGUGUGCAAAAGAGCUUUGCAGAGAGGGCCCUCCCUAAACCUCCUAAGGAGAAGCUGCUGAAGGUGGAGAAGCUGAGGAAGGAGGGUGGCCAGGGCCGAUUCCCCCAGCCCACAGCCAAGCCCCGGGCCCUGGGCCAGCAGCAGGCGGUGAUCCGAGGCAUCACCUACUACAAGGCGGGCAGCAGGGAGGUGACGGAGGCUGACAACGCUCUCAAGGGCACUUCCUGGCUGGAACAGCUAUCGCCCAGGGUGGAGGGCAGGCCACCAGAGCCCAACUCUGCAGAGCAUGAGAAGCCUGGGCCCAAGGCCUCGGAGGGACCAGACGUGGCCCCUGACACCCCCGCCUCAAACUCAGCCAUCACCCCUACCCCGGCCACCAGUCCCCUGCCCACUGAGCCACCUCCACACCCAGAGGUCCCCAGCCAAGGCAGAGAGCCCAGCUGUGAGGGUACCCUCCGGUCCGUGGACCCCCCUGUGAAGCACCACAGCUACGGGCGCCAUGAGGGAGCCUGGAUGAAGGACCCCAUGGCGCCGGAUGACAGGAUCUACGUCACUAACUACUACUAUGGAAACAGCCUGGUGGAGUUCCGCAACCUGGAAAACUUUAAGCAAGGCCGCUGGAGUAACAUGUACAAGCUGCCCUACAACUGGAUUGGCACAGGCCACGUGGUGUACCAGGGUGCCUUCUACUACAACCGCGCCUUCACCAAGAACAUCAUUAAGUACGACCUGCGCCAGCGCUUCGUGGCCUCCUGGGCGCUGCUGCCCGACGCCGUGUAUGAGGACACCACGCCCUGGAAGUGGCGCGGCCACUCAGACAUCGACUUCGCCGUGGACGAGAGCGGCCUGUGGGUCAUCUACCCCGCGGUGGAUGACAGUGACGGGGCCCAGCCCGAGGUGAUCGUGCUGAGCCGCCUGGACCCCGGGGACCUCUCCGUGCACCGCGAGACCACGUGGAAGACGCGGCUGCGGCGGAACUCGUACGGGAACUGUUUCCUGGUGUGCGGCAUCCUGUACGCCGUGGACACGUACAACCAGCGGGAUGGCCAGGUGGCCUACGCCUUCGACACACACACGGGCACCGAUGCCCGCCCGCAGCUGCCCUUCCUCAAUGAGCACGCCUACACCACCCAGAUCGACUACAACCCCAAGGAACGGGUGCUGUACGCCUGGGACAACGGCCACCAGCUCACCUACACACUCCACUUUGUGGUCUGAGCACGGACCUGUGCGCACAGGAGAGGAGCGGCAGUGGGCACAGGGGCUCUCCAUAGGGACUCCAUCAGCAAGUAUUUACUUGGGACCAGGCCCAGGGCUAGGGGCCAUGGCAUAUGGCGUAGCCAGCCUAAAGCUUCCUUAGCACCCAGUGGCAUCAUCUUGCCUCCACUUGCAGAGCACUGGGCCAAGAGCUACACGUGCACUAACCCACUCCAUCCUCCCCACAGCACCCUUGGAGGUAGAGACAGUCCAGCCCACUUAACAGGUGAGGACACUGAGGCUCAGAGAGACAGCGCCCUAUGCCUCAGUAGCCUCUGUUUGGAGCAGGCAGCCUGCUGUUACGACAGCCUCAUUUUACAGAUGAGA